GGGGGCCAAGCGGCUAGGGUGUUCGGUGUUCCUCGUCAUCACACUAAAAAUUGGGAACAAUUGAGCGUGAAGGAAAGGAAAAAGGGAAAUAUAUUCAUCACCCCCUGGCAACAAUUUAUCUUGUGCUGCAGUGUUUUCUUCUCAACUUCAUCAUCACCGUACUUGGAAAUAUUCUUUUCUGUUAGCCGGUUAAUCUCGUCGCAUAGGAGCUCAGCUCUUUUGGCCAUUUUUACGAUCAGUUGAUUUUCGACAUGUCAGGAAGAAAAGAAACAGUGUUGGAUCUAGCAAAGUUUGUUGACAAGGGCGUCCAAGUCAAGCUCACUGGUGGAAGACAAGUGACCGGUACGUUAAAAGGAUAUGACCAAUUGCUGAAUCUUGUGUUGGAUGAAGCAACAGAGUUUCUUAGAGACCCUGAGGAUCCGCUGAAGACUACUGAUCAGACCCGGCGUCUUGGCUUAAUAGUAUGUCGGGGAACUGCUGUGAUGCUCGUCUCCCCCACCGAGGGAACAGAUGAGAUCGCCAAUCCAUUUGUCCAGCCAGAUGGAGCAUGAGGCAUAUUGUGCCGAUAUCAAUCAAUCCCUUGUUAUUUAAGGCGACCGGAGUUAUUACUAUUAUUAUUCCUUCUGGUACCUAUGAGCUUCUCAGAACAGUCAUCUUCCUUCCAAUAAAUUACAAAAACUUUCUGGUUGUGUAAUUUAUGGGGAAGUGACUGUAGAUCUUUAAAUGCUGUAAUGAAUUGAGAAGGUAGAAUGUUUAAUAUUUUUAAAGCACUAUUUCCGAAUCUAAAUCAUAAGGCACAUGAAUUUAAUUUUGAGAUUUUA